AUGGAAUCCUUGACGCGUUUCUUACUCCAAAAUCACCUACAAACCCUAAUGCCCAACUUGGAUUAUUCGCAUAUGGCCUAUCAGAAUGGAGGAGGAGAAAUACAUGAAGAUAAUGAACAAGAAACUACUAGCCAUGAGAAAAUAGCGUUGCCUAGUGAGAAAACAACAGUCGAAGAUGCUGACACAUCGUUAUCGCCUCCCGAAACGGCACUGUCUAGUACGAACCUUGUGGUUGUAGAGAGAGAGAGAUGUCAACCACUGCUUGUCCGUGCCCCUCUAAGGAGGGCUCUUGCAUUUGAGGCUAUAGGGAAGUAUGAAAUGGCUAUGCAAGAUAUGCUGGCACUGUUGAAUACUGAUCCAAAUCACAGAGAUGCCCUGGAGAUUGCCGGGCGAUUGAGGAUGGCACUAGGUCCUCAGCAAGUGGCCCAGCUUGACCUGUACCUAAGAAGCCUGCAUCUCCAGCGGUGGGGUCGACUGUCUGUGCUAAUAAUAAGUUAG